AUGUGGACCAUAUGGAGAAUCUUCAAACGGAGUGACACCAUCAAGGAAAAGCAUCCAGGUUGGAGCUCGCUAUUCGAAUUCACGACUCGGCGACACCUGCCGACUCUCAUAUUCGGGUCCAUCUUCGCCAUCGCUGCUAGUUGCGUGACGCCAGCACUUGCAAUCUUCCUCGGCAAUGUUUUCGACGCGUUCAAUUCUUUCGGAGCUCAUCUGACAGAUGCACAAGGGCUUCGCAGCCACAUCCUCACGAAUUGUUUCGGAAUGAUAGGUUUGGGCGCGGCGGGUUGGUUCCUGAAUGGUGCAUACUUUGCCACGUUUGUUGCAUUCGGUGAGAUGCAGGCCUCUAAUAUUCGCAGCAAGGUGUUCUUAGAGCUGCUAAAACACGACGUUGAGUGGUUUGAAGCUAAAAGUGAGGGCUCUGGCGCAUUGCUGACGGGGAUACAAGCGCACAUACAUGAAAUGCAGAUGGCAACAUCACAGCCACUCGGACUUGUACUGCAAUACUCGUGUCGCUCACUCGCUUCGCUCGGGCUGGGCUUCUACACAUCAUGGAGGCUCUCUCUUGUAACACUUGCCGGCAUCCCCGUGUUUUCCUCCAUCAUUGCAUUCCUUGCUUCAAGAAUGAAAUACAGCAUCACAGCACAACAAGAGGAGCUUACGGAGGCAUCUAAGGUUGCCAACAAUGCCAUUACCAAUAUCGAUACGGUCAAAUGUCUCAAUGGACAAGCCUUUGAGCAUCGGAGCUUCGCUGAGCGCAUCGAAAAGUCCGCCACCCACUAUCUUCGACAAGCUCGGUUGAACUCCUUGCAAAUCGCAUUUAUUCGGUGGAUGAUGUUCGCUAUGUUUGUCCAGGGGUUUUGGUAUGGUAGCUCUCUUGCCCGUGCCGGAACACUUACGUCGGGAGAGGUUCUCAGAACGUUUUGGGCCUGCUUAACUGCAGCUCAAUCUAUCGAGCAAAUCCUGCCACAGAUGAUUGUGAUGGAAAAGGGCAAGGUCGCUGGUAUUGCCCUGAAAUCAAUCAUCCAGAGCCGGAAAGCAGACAAGGCUAGGAAUGAGGCGAAGGGGGCUAGUUAUCCGCAGCACUGUGAAGGUGAUAUCGAGAUCAAGAACGUUUCAUUUUCAUAUCCCAGUCAGCCAGACCAAUGCGUUCUCAAACCGUCAAGCUUUUUCUUCCCUGCCGGGGAAACGACAUUCGUGAUAGGGAAGAGUGGCUCUGGCAAAAGCACUCUGAGCCAAUUGCUGAUGCGGUUCUACUUGCCAAACUCAGGCGAGAUCCUCAUCGAUAACAAUCCAAUCGAAGAUCUCGACAUCAAGUGGAUUCGCAACAACAUUACUCUUCUAGAGCAAAGGAGUGUCCUAUUCAAUGAGUCUGUACUCACGAAUAUCGCCUUCGGUCGACAGGAUCAUGAGUCUGUGACCAUGCAAGAUGUACAAGAUCCAAUUGACCUGGCCCAGCUCGGAAACACCAUCGACGGUCUCCCAAACGGAAUCAAUACUUGCGUUGGCCCAGGUGGAAGCUUCUUGAGUGGAGGUCAAAGGCAGCGCGUUGCCAUCGCCAGAGCAAAGCUACGCGACAGCCCAAUACUAAUCUUGGAUGAGCCAACUAGUGCUCUAGAUCACACCAACCGGGUUGCAGUGAUGAAAGCAAUCCGCGAGUGGAGGAAAGGAAAGACUACGAUAAUCAUCACCCAUGACAUGUCGCACAUCCAGGACCAAGACUACCUCUACAUCCUCGAACAAGGUUCAAUCGCAAAGUCAGGCUACAGAUAUGCGGUUGAAGCCAGCCCUGGCAGCGAGAAGUAUUUUCCUGCAAGGGUCGACGAUGGACUGGGAACCAAGCCUCGGAUGGAUCUCCCAGUGGACAACUCGUUAUCUGAGAAUUUAGAGGGCUUAUGGCCCCCAAUGGCUCUGCUGGGCCAUCAUCGCGCCAGGACAUCCUGGGCUCAUGGCCACAUUCCGCUUAGCUUUCGCUCCGCGUCUCUGGACUUGACUUCAAGAAGGAAUUCCGAAUAUGUGGUCAGGGAUGGAGAGUUCCCGGGAUUGCCGUUGCGAGAUUGGGGCCGACGCGUGUCCUUCACGGCAGACACACCACACCAGCAGAAAGGCCAGGACGCCGUAUCUAUCCAUGUUCCUACGGAGGAACUCGAAAUGGGUCAUCUCAGUGGUGAAGUAUCAAACUCCGACGGAUGGCCUCAGGAAGUUACCCCUCUGGAUCGGUCACAUUCACAACGCCGCAGUAGGCCCCAUCGACGCCGAGAUAGACCGAAAAAGCAGCAAGCGCCCAAAGAGGAUAUGACUCCGCUCUCCCACAUUAUGGGUACCAUAUAUCCAACUUUGACCCUUAAGCAGCGGAUAAUUCUUUUCCUAGGAUUUGCAGCAGCAAUAGCCCAUGCAAGUGCAACUCCGAUAUUCUCAUUCUGCUUGUCGCAACUGUUCGGAACCUUCUACGCCGGAUCAAACAGUGAACAUUUGACAAUGACAUGGUCACUUGCCGUACUGGGUGUCUCAUUCGGAGACGGUCUUGCAUCCUAUUUCAUGCAUUAUUUCCUAGAGCUAUGCGCCGAGGCCUGGAUGAACUCCUUCAGGAAGACUGCGUUCGAACGCAUCCUCGACCAGCCACGAGCCUGGUUCGAAAAAGAUGCCAACGCAUCUCUGCGACUCACAAUCUCCCUCGACCAGAACGGCGAAGACAUGCGAAACUUGCUCGGCCGUUUCGCCGGGUUCGUGGUCGUCGCUGCUGCAAUUACCGUUAUGGCGAUUAUCUGGAGCUUCAUAGUUUGCUGGAAACUAACACUCGUUGCUCUUUCCUGUGGACCGGUGAUAUACAUUAUCACCCGGGGCUUCGAGGGAACGAAUGGAUUGUGGGAAAGGCGAUGUAACCAUGUGAACAGUAUGGCCGCGGAUGUCUUUACUGAGACUUUUUCGGAAAUCCGUACUGUGAGGACGUUGACAUUGGAAGGUCAUUUCCAUCGGAAACAUGCCAAUGUCAUUGCGCGGUGCUUGUAUUUGGGGCUGAAGCGCGCCAUAUACACGGGCAUGCUGUUUGGUAUGGUGGAAUCAACUGUCAUAUUUUCAACUGCCUUGAUCUUCUAUUACGGAGCGGUACUUGCAGCAUCAGGCGAGUUCAACGUGAACGAUGUGAUGAUGGUGUUUUCAAUGCUCCUAUUCAGCAUUGGAUAUGCGGCCCAAAUUCUCUCCUGGAGUUCGUAUGCUCCUGCAACACUCUUAAGAAACAUCGGACUUACCUUUUCCACAGUUCCCCAGAUCAACUCCUCUCGAGAGAUAGCGACGCAACUUAUUCGUCUCGCAAGGCUGCCACAAAAUGCAUCCCACGAGCACAUAGGCAGCCUGACACUCUCCAAUCUUACCCCAAUCAAGCUCACGAACCUGAAUUUCCGAUAUCCCUCACGACCAGAAACGACAGUCUUAAAGAACGUUUCAAUAUCAAUCCCUGCCAAUUCCUGCACGGCACUUGUAGGACGAUCUGGAUCAGGAAAAUCCACCAUUGCAUCACUACUUCUAGCCCUCUACGAAGCCCCAGUCUCCGAAAUAGGCCGACCGACAGUGACACUCGGCGGCGCAGAUAUCCUACGCUUGCACGUGCCAACCCUGCGCUCGCAAAUAUCCAUCGUAUCCCAGCAGCCAACUAUUUUCCCAGGCACCAUACACGAAAACAUCACCUACGGCCUCGACCGACACUCAUCUCUUGCUACAUCUCACAGUGUGCGUAUCGCCGCUCAAGGGGCGGGAAUUGACGACUUCAUCUCUUCCCUCCCUGCUGGCUACAAUACGGUCGUUGGAGAUGGCGGUGUUGGUCUUUCGGGUGGACAAAAACAGCGCAUCGUCAUUGCACGGGCGCUUUUACGCCGGCCACAAAUUUUGAUUCUCGACGAAGCUACUUCGAGUCUGGAUCCGGCUGGCGCGGAGGUUGUGCGCCAGACGGUAAGGAAAUUGGUGGCGGUGCGGAAGGAGCUUACGGUCAUUAUUAUCACGCAUGCAAAGGAAAUGAUUGAGAUUGCGGGUCAUGUCGUUCUUCUUGAUCAGGGGGUUGUUGUUGAGGAUGGUCCAUAUCGUCAACUGGUGAAUUUGCCGGGUGGGAAGUUGAAUGCUUUACUUAGGGAUCCUGAAGUCGAUUAA